AUGUCUCUCUACGGUGUUGGUUUAAAUGUUUAAGUAGACAGAAUAAAGACUGAGUUCCGCUUAUAUGUCUCAAAAUAAAAAGGAGGUUUGAAUGUUAGAAACCUAAGAAGGAUUUUUGAAUAGCUUGAUUAUUAAUAAAAUGGUCAGCUUAAUCUUGAUGAUUUUAAGGCAGGUCUUAAUAAAUUCGGAUUCUUUUUGAAGAAUGUUGAUUAUUAAUGUCUUCUUAAAUAUUUUGACGUUGAACAAAACGGAAACGUUAACUAUUUGGCCUUUUUAUCUUGCAUUUCCUAAACCUUGAACCAAAGAAGAGCCAACUUCGUCCUUAAAGUAUUUGACUCAAUAGAUUCUGAAUAAAAAGGAGCAGUGCACCCCUUCUCACUUGCUGAAAGACUUGAAGUUGUCAAAAAUAAAGAUUAUUAAAUUGGAAGCAAGACCAGAGAAUAGCUUGUUGGUGAAUAUGUUGCUCAAUUCCAUAAAAACUAAGAUGGGUUGAUAACAAGAGAUGAGUUUGUUUCUUACUAUGAAGAUUUAGGACUAGGAAUUUCUUCUGACUAACAUUUUAUCGAAAUUCUUUAGACUUAAUGGGGCAUAAAGGAAGAUGAUGACCUUGCGAUUACUAAAGAAGAAGUAAAAGGAAUAGUUAAAACUAUCAGAUAAAAGUUAAUCCAAAAAACUAAGGGAGCUAAUGACGAAUUCCUUCUCAGAAAGCUUUUCAAAGAAUUUGAUAUUAGCAACAGUGGAUUCCUUACUUUAGAUGAGAUGAAUGCAAUGUUGAUUAAAUUAGAAAUCCCAAUUCAAAAGAGAUAUCUUAAUGCAGUAUUCUCUUAAUUAGAUAGAAAUCACUCUGGAGUCAUCGAAUUUGAAGAGUUUGUUUAUUACAUUGUCAACGACCCUUAUCCAUGA